CGACAAUGCCAAUUAGGUAUUUUACGCAGUUAACCGGCUUCUUUUCAAUUCCCCGCGCAAGAUUUACGCUGUCUGUUUCUGCUGCUCUCGCGCUCAAUCUCCAUAAAAAUGGAAGCAACUGCUAGUUCUUCUUCUGUUAAGAUAAUCUUGGGGUCAUCUUCGGUUGCAAGGAGGAAAAUCUUAGCUGAAAUGGGAUAUGAAUUCACCGUCACUAGUGCAGAUAUUGAUGAAAAAUGCAUCCGCAAGGAAAAGCCAGAAGAAUUAGUAAUGGCUCUUGCUGAGGCUAAGGCUGAUGCAAUUAUAGCUAAGCUACAGGCUGAUAAUAAUCAAGAGAAGGAUGCUGAACUUAUUUUGGCUGCAGCUGACACAGCUGAAGCCAUCUUGCAGAGGCUCCCAGUGCAUGACUACAUAAAGGAUGCUGUGCCAGCAUUACUAAUUACAUGCGAUCAAGUGGUGGUCUAUGAAGGCGCAAUCAGGGAAAAGCCAUCUAGUGAGGAAGAAGCGAGGCAAUUUAUGAAAGAUUAUUCAGGGGGACAUGCUGCAACUGUCAGUUCUGUUCUUGUUACAAAUCUUAAAACUGGGUUCAGAAAAGUAGAAUUUGACAGAGUGGAGAUCUUUUUCCAUGAAAUACCAGAUGAAGUCAUAGAGAAGCUGAUUGAAGAGGGACUUGUGCUCAGAGUUGCUGGAGGACUUAUAAUAGAGCAUCCUUUAAUAUUGCCAUAUGUUAAAGAAGUGGUAGGGACGACGGAUAGCGUGAUGGGACUUCCCAAAUCUCUCACUGAAAAACUAAUGAAAGAGGCUCUCUAACAGCUGUACCUAUUUCCUUUUGCAUUCAUAUUGGUAAUACCGACACUGCUGCAUUUCUUUAAUGCCGUCUUAACUCAAGAUUCACUUUGAGUUUGAUAGACUGAUAAUUGUUUGUAGCCAAUCAGUUGAUCGACAGUGAAAUUAUUUUUAGUUAAUCAAGAUGAGUAGCUAAGUUAAAUGUUAAGCAGUAA